CGAAUGGCCGCUGCAGGCGUACAGCCGUUCGCGCAGAAAUUGCUGAACUACGGUCCGAAACGGUCGCACUAUUGUUCCGUGUCCUGGUUGCGCGUAGUGUUCGUCGCGUAGCAUUGUGUUUCCUUUCGUUUUUUCUAAUUUGUCGCGUGCCGUACGAUUUGCAACAAUUGAUCCAUCGAACCUGUAGCCUGUGUCGAAUAAGUUUGGCCGUAGUGAUUGAAAAAGUGAAAGUUACAAGUUACAAAAUAUCAAACGACUAAUAAAUCCCUAUCCACAUUUCCAUCGACCGUAGUCAUUCUCGUAGUAGUUUCCGUCGGUUUGUAAACAGAGGGCUAACCGAAGAGCCUGUCGGAGUGUUUUUUUUUUUUUCUGUCGCUGGUGAACUUGUAGUGUACCGGUGGAAGAGUGCAAGUGUCGGUGAUUCCGUUCCCCCGCUGGUUCGCGAACCCUUUCCCCUGAGAGACCUCCACCAGCCAAGAUGGCCUUUCGGAGGGCCAGUUACUGUUGUCUGGCGCUGUGGCUGCUGCUGUAUUUGGCCGCCGCCCUAGCCGCCGGAACGACGACCGGAGGGCCACAGCCACAGGCCUCCCGUGGCCGGUCCAGCAACCCAUCGCCAAGGUUGCCCCGCACCAGCGCUAGCCAGCUGUCCGCCCAGAACAAUACCACCAUGACGCGUGGUGCGACCUCGAAAAAUCUGACCAGCAGCGCCGCCAACGCUUCCCAGGCGGCUCAAAGCCGGGGUAACUACAGAACAAGAGAGCAACAGCUACUGAAUGUGUUCGAGGUCGUCGUGUCAACACUCGAGGGCAAGCUGCAGCGGAUAGACAACCUCGACAAGGCGGUCGAGCAUCUGAUGCGUCGCGUCGAGUCGCUCGACAACAAGGUGGCGGACAACAUCCUCAAGACCGACUCGGUCAUCUCCAAGCUGCGCACGCUCGACAGCAAGCUGACCAUCGUCGACGACGGGCUGGACCGGCCGAACAGUGUGCGGAUGGCCAAAUCGACCAACUCGCUCGACAGCCGGUUAGUGUCGCUGGACCAAAAGGUGAGCGACAUCGACAGCAAGCUGAACGGGCUGAAGAGCCAAAUCGAUAGCAACUUCCUGUCGGUGGACGACAUCAACGCGGAGGCGAGCGAACGGAAGACGGUCAGCAUGAACGUGGCGGAGAUCACGAAAGCCAUGCACUCGGAGGUGAUGGGCCACAUCACGAAGGAGCUCGGCCAGCUGCGCUCCAUCACCGAGGGCAUCGACAAGAAGCUGCAGUUCCACAUCAACGUGGUGUCGGAGAAUCUCGGCAAGACGCUCAACCUGCUGAACGACGUGCACGACGCGGUGGUCGAUCAUAACAGCAACUACAAGAACUAUAACGCGACCUCGACCCUGCCCCCGUACGUGAAGUCGAGCAAGAUCGAUAUCCUGGUGAAGCAGAUCCGCCCCAUUAUGUCGGUGUCGGAGAAGAUGGACGAGGUGUGGGAUGUGGUGGUCGGCACGAAGAGCUCCGUCGACGAUCUGGUGCCCAAGUCGGACGCGCUGCUCACGCAAAACCAGCGCCAGGAGCGUGCCAUCGGGGAGAUACAUCACGAUCUGAAGACGAAAACGAACCUCAUCAUCAACAAUCUGGACAUGGUGGAGAAGCGCCUGAAGAAGCAGGAGGAUGAUGUUGCCGUUCUGGCUCAGCGACCCGUACCGGCGGAGCUGCUGAUGGAUCCCACCAUCGAUCGGUUGGUGGAGUACGAUCCUAACAGAUACAUCGUGGAAGACUUCACCGAAGCACUGCCCACGACAACAUACCCGACAUCGUCUUCCUCGGCGUCGUCAUCAUCAUCAUCAUCAUCGUCCUCGUCUUCCACCUCAACCAGCACCGCUUCAAGCACAAGCACCAGCAGCACAACCCAGAGCAAUGUAAACAUUUCCAACAGUAGCUCCACGACGACCGGCACAGCCAAGAACGUGUCGCGUAAAGGCGGCAUCAUUUUCCCCAGCGUCAAGAACAAGCCAUCCGUGCUGAACAGUACCUUUGCCACCGACAGUAUCUUCCUGAAGGACAUCAAGGGCUACUCUUGCGUCGAUCUAAUGAACGCCGGCAUGCGACAAUCCGGUGUGUACUAUCUGCAGAUUCGGGGAACGACUUACUGGUUCCUGAAGGUGUUCUGCGAACAAGAAAUUGCCGAUGGCGGAUGGACGGUAAUCCAACGACGUGACGAUUAUGGUGAUCCGCGGGAAAAUUUCAAUCGCGACUGGGCCGACUACAAGAACGGUUUCGGUGAUCCGGCAAAGGAGUUCUGGCUCGGAAACGAAAACAUCUACAUGCUGACGAACAACGAAGACUACUCGCUGCGAGUCGAGCUGGAAGACUUCGAGGGCAAUAAGAGAUACGCACAAUAUUCGCACUUCAAGAUCCACUCGGAGCAGGACUACUACAAGCUGGAGAUUGACGGCUACGAAGGCAAUGCGGGCGACUCGCUGAAUGAUCCAUGGUACGGCUCGAACAACAGUCCCUUCUCGACGUACAACCGCGACAACGAUCGAAGUUCGCUCAACUGUGCCAGCAUGCUGAAGGGCGGCUGGUGGUGGAAGUCAUGUGGACGAGGACUGAACGGACUCUACCUGCACGAUCCGCAGGAUCUGACCGCCCGGCAGGGUAUCGUUUGGUUCCGCUGGAGAGGCUGGGACUACACGCUCAAGAAGGCGACCAUGAUGAUCAAGCCGAAGGGUCCCCAGCCACAAGUGGCCGGCACGACGUAAUAGUGAUACUUCCGUGACACGAAUUGUACAAAUUAUUACUGUUUGUUUUCACUUGCUCCUCACAAACACACACAUACACGCACACACUCACACAUCGACACCGAUAUCAUACCAAUGGUACACGUUACAAACACAUCCUCGUGAAGAUCAUCAAAUCAGCAAACCCCCCAUCCGAUACUGACCAUCAUCAUGCAUCAUCACUUUCCACUACUAUUCCUCAUUGCUCAUUUUUCCUCAUUCUAGCAGUUGCUGCGAUCGGUUUUAAAUGAUCAAAGGACAGAAAAAAAAGACUAGAAAAAUACGUUACAGAAGGUCUUAGGAUGCUUGUUCACCAUCGUCACCAUAAUUUUGUUCGAACGGCCUAUCAUAUUUCCAAUAUUUGCCCAAAAGUUGUCCUGUCCUGACUUAUUCCGUACUACGCAUCUCUGUACUCUUCUAAAACGCCCCAUCAAUCUUGGCAAAUGUGACUGAUUUUAAAAGCGACAACAUACCGUCCCUACUGCUCCCAUCAGUGCUAGGUCGCCAAAAAAAAACCCUGGGGCGCACCUUCAGCACCAUGGAUUGUUUUCGCGCGUGUACUUUUGCGCUACUCUACACUAUACCUUCAUAUGUUGUUUAUUUAUUAAAUUUUGUUCAACAACAACAACAACGGAAACGUUACGUGAACGGAACGCUACCACGAGUGUCACGAGAGUCUGGGCCACUGGCGAAUCUUUGAAGCGCCGAAUCGCCUUAUCGCCCGUUCGGCACGAGCCUUGCAUUCUCUUCAAACGCAAAAUUAGCAAAACAAACUUCGAAUUCGAACACUUCUUUUCUUAUCCUAUAAAAGGUGGUUUUUAUAAUGUAGACGAAGAAAAGAUGCGAACCAGUGGACCUCUUGUGGACGUAGGAAAAACUGAAAAAACAUUAUAGGAAACUUGAAAGCGCGCAAGUGCGUUAAUGUAAGCUGUGUUGUUCUGUUGAAUUUCCAUUCUGACGGUCCUGAAACUUGCUUCAGGAAACGCGUGCUCCCCAUUCACAAACAGGCAUUUUCUGUGCCAGCGAUUGAUUACACGUUGCUCGUACGCUCUGCACGCACCUAGAUAGGUCGCGGUGUAGAAGCGACUGCCACCCUGCUGUAAUUUAAUAUGGCCUAACACUUACGGUCGGAGAGCUAUGAAUUACUUGCGUUUAGCGCUCAGCCGGCAUCCGCCAUCAGCCGGUGGAAAUUGGCAAUCGGGUUCCCCCAUCUCCCUUUUUGGUGUGCGGUAUUAAUCGCGCUGUUGAAACUUUCGUACCGGUGUGUGAAGUGGGCCACUUUGCGAGUGAUUUGGAUUUUUCCUUUGAAGAUCGUACGCGGCUUGCGUGCUGCGAUUCUGGCGAUAGAACCGGGUGGGGGGGAAGCAACGUUUUCCCCAUAAAUCAUCGCAAAUUGAAUGUUAUUGAUCCAUUCGAAAUGUGGCGUACGAGGCGGCGCGGCGUUGACCUGUAAGCGUAAUUUAUCUAUCGGCAAGAUUUCGCCAUACGGAUUCCGGGUCGGAAACCCGGAGCCGGUGCACGACUUGUCGUUAAGGGUAGCGGUGCCGCGAUCGGUUCGAUUUCAUAAUUCGCAAUCUUACCGGGCAGCGUACGCUUUUUGCCCAUUUUUCAUUCCACAAUUGUCGCUGCAUGUCUCUGGAAUGGGCUCGCCUGUGCUCUACACCGACCACCGAGCAGGAACUGGAUGCUGUUGGAGCGGUUGUGAAAUAAUAAUAAUAGUGAUAAUAACCGUCAAGUAUGUUGGCAUGCCCGACGACAUCGGCAGGCAGUUUGAUGACGAGUUGCGUGCCGUGUUUCCUGAGUUCCAGCCUACUUUCCCCCAACAAAACAACAACUGCACUGGAGGGAACGUUGAAGCCACUCUGGAGCAGCCCGACAAAUGGUCUGUGUUGUGGAUACUACGACGGCUUUGGCACCCACAUGUGUGCUACCCGUUGGAAUGUGGCCCGUGUGUGUGUGUAUAUCUAGGGCUAGGAUCUACUACUACUAGCUGUGUCUAUGCCGAAAGCGACACAGUAAAGUAUUGGUUUGUUUAUCCGACCCUCCGAUUGACAUGGUUUAUUGAAUGACUUUGGUUGGGAAAAAAAACAUUUACGCAAGAUGUUACGAUCCUUUCAAAUAAUGCCCUUUUUCUCGGUUCAGAGCAAUCGGUAACCAAUCGCUACAAUGAAAGUAAGAAAAUUUAAAUGAUCGUUAAAACACUCGAUCAGUUUUGGAGUUUCAGUUCUUUCUUCUGAUCGUCCCUGUUACGUUCCAAUCGUGCGCUGGAAUACGGCCACCUGCAUGGAUUCAUGUUCACACAUUACACAUACACAAAACAUGCAAUUGUAAAUAUCGUUUUAAUUUAAUAGUUGAUAGAAUGUUUUAUAUUGAAAUAAAUAUAAAAAUCCUCCGAAAAAUAAUACCAAGCUGUGUUUGCUGUAUCUGUAUCCGUAUCUCAUACGGAUUAGCUAACUACCUACUAACAUAUACUAACAACCUGGCCACAAGCUAUUUUAAGACCGCAAGGACUUGAUAAGUAAGACAAAAAGAAAACAUACAACUCGUAUCAUAGUUUCCUUGCUAAAUGUUCAAUCCAGAAAGCAUUCUAAACCGAAAGAAAAUGCCAGUUUAUUGCAUGUAAGAAUUAUCUAUUAGUAGCUCAACGCCAUCCGAUCAUAUAAGGAGUGACAAAUAAUUACUUACUUGUACAACAUUGACAAGCGUAGAUCGUCAAUGCAAAACUGAAUAAAAAAACGAACAGUUUAUACCAUAGUUUAAAUUAUCAUCAUUCUAGCGUCUUAGGGAAAGCCUGUUCAAGAUACCCGAUAUGGAUUUAAAUCUC